AUGGCGGCGGAGGCGUUGCCACCACCGGAGGUGAAGCUGUUCAACAGGUGGUCCUUCGAAGAUGUCGAGGUCAGUUCAGUGCCGGUCGUCCUUUCCUGCCUUCUUCUUCGUCUUGUUUUGAUCCGUGGCGGACGGAUCCGCCUUCUUCCGCAUGUUUCGAAAGCAGUAGUGGUUUGUUAGGAUCUCCAGGAUCUUGAUAAUUCCUAUUUCUUGCUCUUCUGACUAUGAAAAUCGAGCGGGAGUUGGAUGGCUCGGAGAGCCUGUUUAGAUUGAGCGGGAGUUGGAUUUGUCGACGAAUAUAAUAUGUUUCCUUCUGCGCUGAAUGAAUUCGCUCAGUAACCCGCAGAAGUUAUCGUUAGCAUGCAUCUCAUGCUACCUCACCAAGAUUUUUUAUUUUAUUUUUUAUUAUAUGAUCCAACAAGGCCGUGGCUUUUAGUUGUCUUUCAUGUGGUUCCUGAGUGUCGUUCGUGAUUUAUUGCUGCUUCUUUUCCGCGGUUGUGUAUUGAUUAAAUUUUGGUUCAUCCUUUUCAAAUGUUCCCAAUGCCUGCUUUAUUGAGAUGAUUUUAUUUGGAACAACCAUACCGGUUCAAUACUCAACAGUCUGCACUCAGCGGGGUAGCCGCCGUUCCUCUCUUAAGGCUCUCUGGGAACGCAGAAGAAUUCCCGUAACCGUCUUGGCUUUUAAGGACCAUCGAUAUUCGAUGGCGUUAUGUUUGCGCAUCAAGUUUUGAUAGAUGCAUCUAUUAAUUAGCGGGCUGUAUUCUCCUCUCUUGUUUCGUGAGGAUGCUAAUUUUAUCUAUGAUCUUAACGAGCUCACCUUCUCUUUUUGUGAGGCUGGCUCCUAUUCCCUUUGGGGGAAAAAAGCGUGGAUGCUGGCAUUAUGAUUCCUACCACCCUCAUCUUGGCUCUUAUUUUUUCUACAUUAGUUUACAUAAUUCGGUGCUUAUAGUGACUUUAAACAGCUCCUUUUAAACAGCAGGUUGAAAAUUAUACCGAGCUGUCAGAUCUUCCUAUAGUGAUGGAAUAGAAGAUGACUGUUCCCUGUGGGGUAUCCUUUAUCAUUGGUUUUCUCUGUGGGGCUGAGACCUUGAGUUGGAGCCAAGCAGAAUUUUAUAAACCCCGUGGGGUUAGAUUGUUAUUUGUGUAUGUAUCUCCAUUCGUUGGAGUUCCUCCCACAAGGAAGUUCUAUGACCUGAAUUUGCACUGUUUCAACAGGUUAGCGACAUUUCACUGGCCGACUACAUAGCCAUCACCCCAGGGAAGCAUGCUACUUAUGUCCCCCACACUGCCGGGCGGUACUCCGUGAAGAGAUUUCGCAAAGCGCAGUGCCCGAUCAUCGAGAGACUGACGAACUCUCUGAUGAUGCACGGCCGCAACAAUGGCAAGAAGUUGAUGGCCGUCCGCAUUGUUAAGCACGCGAUGGAAAUCAUCCAUCUCCUCACUGAUGCCAAUCCGAUCCAAGUAAUUGUUGAUGCCAUCAUCAACAGGUGAGGCCUUGUUUGAAUCGUAAACCACUGGAACAGCAGGCCUCUGAUAAUUUCUUAAGGUUACUGACGGAGAGUUGGGUUUGUGUUUACCAGUGGGCCGAGGGAAGAUGCCACCAGGAUUGGCUCAGCCGGUGUUGUGAGGCGUCAGGCUGUUGAUAUCUCCCCACUGAGGAGGGUCAACCAGGCAAUCUACCUCCUCACGACUGGUGCCCGGGAGAGUGCAUUCAGGAACAUCAAGACCAUCGCCGAGUGCCUUGCUGACGAGCUCAUUAAUGCCGCCAAGGGAUCUUCCAACAGCUAUGCCAUCAAGAAGAAGGAUGAGGUCGAGCGUGUCGCCAAGGCCAACCGUUGA